GGGAAACCCCCACCCCCGCCGCCCGAGGGCCCGCCCCGGCCCCGCCGCCGCCGCGGGGAGGCGGUGGAGGGCGGGGGGGAGCUGCCGGUAACGGCAGGCGAAGGGGCCGGGACAGUUGCUGCGGGGCUCUGAGGCGAGGGAGCGGCACCGGCCCGCGCCCCCACCCCAUCCCCCCGCUAUGGAGCGGUACGAGAAGCUGGGCAAGGUCGGGGAAGGCUCCUACGGCGUCGUCUUCAAGUGCCGCAACAAGAACACCGGGCAGAUCGUGGCCAUCAAGAAGUUCCUGGAGUCCGAGGAGGAUCCGCUGAUCAGGAAGAUCGCCCUGCGGGAGAUCCGGAUGCUGAAGCAACUGAAACACCCCAACCUGGUCAACCUGCUGGAAGUCUUCAAGAGGAAGAGGAGGCUGCAUCUGGUCUUUGAAUAUUGUGACCACACAGUUCUGCAUGAGCUGGACAAGCAUCCGCGGGGCAGGGUGCCAGAGCAUCUGGUGAAGAGCAUAACCUGGCAGACCCUCCAAGCUGUGAACUUCUGCCAUAAACACAAUUGCAUCCACCGAGAUGUAAAGCCAGAGAACAUCCUGAUAACCAAGCAUUCGGUGAUCAAACUGUGUGACUUCGGAUUUGCUCGCAUACUGACUGGUCCAAGUGAUUCUUACACAGACUAUGUGGCUACCAGGUGGUACCGCUCUCCAGAGCUACUUGUGGGAGACACCCAGUACGGCCCUCCCGUGGACGUGUGGGCCAUCGGCUGCGUCUUUGCUGAGCUGCUCUCCGGGGUGCCCCUGUGGCCAGGCAAGUCUGAUGUCGACCAGCUGUACCUCAUCCGGAGAACCCUGGGGGACCUUAUUCCUAGGCACCAGCAAGUGUUCAGCACCAACCACUUCUUCAGUGGGGUUCAAAUUCCAGACCCAGAGAGCAUGGAGCCAUUAGAAGUGAAAUUCCCUAAUAUUUCAUACUCUGCUUUGGCUCUCAUGAAGGGUUGCCUGCGCAUGGACCCAGCAGAGAGGCAGACAUGUGAGCAGCUGCUGCAGCACCCCUAUUUUGACAGCACCAGGGAGGCAGCAGAUCUGGGGAAAGAACAGGAGAAAAUGGCUCGGAAACCAGCCAGGCCCACUCGGAAGCACAUGGCAGGGUUACAGUACCUGCCUCAACUGACCAGUGGUAACCUCCUGCCAGCUCUGGACAGCAAGAAGUGCUGCUGCAAACCAAGAAGAUCAAACUACCACUUCCCAAAUAUCUAACUGGAUGGCAGGUUAAAAAGCAUCUACUGUUCAAUGUUCCAGUCAUUCAGAAUCUACAAAAGGAGGAGGCAUGGUGGGAAAAUAAAUUAAUACAACUUCUGACGUAGACCAAAGUGGUCUGAAUGGGCUCCAGGUCACUAGUGAGGGAAGUGAUGUACAAGGCAAAGUCCAUGCUCACUUUCAUGUCCUGUGUACCAAGGAAAAUGCAUGUUUUGCUGUAAUUCCUGGUUGUAUACUGGUUUUCAUGGUGGUAUACUGCUUCAGGACUACUGCAACCCUGUGUUUGCAGUGAAUUUAAAAUCUCUUGCUUCUCUGUCACCUAAAUUUCAGACUUGGCAGAAGAGCUGCAACCUUGCCAAAUCAAUCUGAACUCUGCUGUGUCCAAACAGCAGUAGUGUGAGGAGCUGUGAAUAUAGUGCUGAUAUGAGCAGGAGAUGAGCCUGAGGAGAAGCUGGCUCACUGCUCCCAUUAUCUCUAGAGCUGCUGAGACAGCCCUGCUUUUAAGAUCCACACUUACAGUCCACCAAGGGUUAAAUGUACUGACCUAGGCUUGCCAGAAGCUCCGCAGGCACUGCUACCAGCGAGAGAACAUCUAAACAAUAAGAACUGCUGUUUCUUUAGUCCUUGCAGAGUUUCUCCUGUUUCCUCCUGGCACUGUGAGGUUGGCUUUGUUUGUUUUUUCUGCCAGUAGUGAGGUCAUUUGCCUGUAGAGUUACAGAAACUGUUUCUAUCAAAAAGAAAUUAUGAGUAGAAUUUAGAACAUGGGCCAGAUGCAGGCAGGAAUUCUACCUAAGCUUAGCACGUUAGAGUCUUGGGGUUUGUGUAAUCUCAGGGUGUAAGAUGUUGUUGAUUUUGAAUAAAAGACAUGCAGCUUGUUUUUUCCCA